AUGAGAAUCCUGUGUCUGCACGGGUUUGGUAGCUCCGGCGCCAUUCUCGAAAAGCAGAUGUCUAAUCUGCGGCGGGAGCUGGAUCCCAGCUUCGAGCUUGUCUUUGUAGACGGACCGUUUGAGUCUGAGAGAGGACCUGGCGUCUCGGAAUACCAGCCCGGCCCAUACUAUUCCCACACCCAAGGCUAUUCUCCAGACGACGUAGCACAGGCAAUCGGUGACCUCGAAGAAAUUCUUGAAGACCAAGGCCCCUUUGAUGGCAUCUUCGGGUUCAGUCAGGGUUCGGCCUUGACGUUGUCAUAUUUCUAUCAGCAGCAAGCAGCCGGCAACCCGGCCGCAGUCAAAUUUGCAUGUCUUUUCUCGACUGCCAUGCCAUGUAGCCCUGAUGCAAGUUUGGGGUCCACCGUUAUUUCACACCUUCGAGCUAUGAAAUAUGAUAUUACGGAUCGAUCAGAGGGCUACGGCAAAGAUCUGACGAGCGAAGAGCAAGAGUUUGUGGAGAUUCUACAUCGGACAAUUGUCGACGCCGCUACCCGAGAUUCGAAGUUCCCGUGGACGGACUUGGACAUAUAUCGCCACGGAGAGCUUCAUGCCAUUCCUCGGAUCCUGUACUCGUCAGCGCUUGCACAAAAGAUUCAAAUUCCAACUGUCCACGUGUGGGGUCGGAACGACUUUUCGUACAUGAUCAAAAUGGCCGAGCUAUCCCGCAGCACAUGUGACGAGUCCAUGUCAAAAACAGUUUUACAUAGUGGGUUGCAUGAUCUGCCAAAGAAACAAACCGAGAUCAAAGCUGUACUUCGAAAAAUAGACUGGGCUAUAACCCAGGCAUAG